GGGGGCGUGAGGGGCUCCCUCUCUUUCCCGAUUAAGAUGGCGACUGUGAGGGCGCUGAGGAGCUGCUCGCGGACUGCGGGGCGCCUGUGACGGUACUAAUUUACUAUCUUCGGUGGUUACCCAAUAUUAAAAUCAAAUGGAAACCAUUCAUAAAACUUCAGAUUUAGUGAUAGUUCAGAGGCUUGAGCCUGCUGCUUGUGAUCAUUUAUUAAGGUAUCCUGUUUUCUGGAUCCUCUAAGAAGAUAAUGUCUAAAUUUUACAGUUUGAGCUGCUUGAGAUUAUUUUAAAAGGGAAUGGAAGAGCAAUUCUAAGAUCAAUUACGUUCUAAUUAACAUCUCUGAUCCAUCUAUUCUUGCUAUAAUGACAAAGAUUUGUGUUCACCAUAUUAGAUCGUGUACCAGUGUUCGCUUUAUAAAGUCAAAAUAUAUGAGCAUAUUUGACAAAUCUGCAUUCAAGUUUAGUCAUCAACACAGAUUGUUCAGAACAUCUACUAUUUCAAAUGGCCAAAUUGUCCAAUUCAAGCUCUCUGAUAUUGGAGAAGGAAUUACAGAGGUGACUGUGAAAGAAUGGUAUGUAAAAGAAGGUGAUAGUGUGUCUCAGUUUGAUAGCAUCUGUGAAGUACAAAGUGAUAAAGCUUCUGUCACUAUCACUAGUCGUUACGAUGGCAUCAUUAGAAAACUCCAUUAUAAUCUAGAUGAAAUUGCAUAUGUUGGAAAACCAUUAGUGGACAUAGAAACCGAUGUCUUGAAAGCUGUAAGCUCAGAAGAGGAUGUUGUUGAGACACCUGCUGUGUCUCAUGAAGAGCAGACCCACCAAGAGAUAAAAGGCCACAAAACAUUGGCAACUCCUGCAGUCCGUCGCCUUGCCAUGGAAAACAAUAUUAAACUAAGUGAAGUUGUUGGAACAGGGAAAGAUAACCGCAUCCUUAAAGAAGACAUUCUCAAUUAUUUGGCCAAGCAGACGGGAGCUAUUUUACCUCCAUCGCCAAAACCUGAAAUUAUUCCACCAUUACCAAAACCAGAGACUGUGCCACCUGCUCCAAAGGACAGAGGAACUAAAAUUGCUAUACCCAUUUCCAAGCCCAUUGUGUUUGCAGGGAAAGAUAAAACUGAGGCGGUGACAGGCUUUCACAAGGCAAUGGUAAAGACCAUGACUGCUGCACUACAGAUUCCUCACUUUGGUUAUUGUGAUGAGAUUGACUUAACUCAGCUUGUUCAAUUGAGAGAAGAAUUAAAACCUGUAGCACAGGCACGGGGAGUUAAAGUCUCCUUUAUGCCGUUCUUCAUAAAGGCAGCUUCUCUGGGAUUAUUGCAUUAUCCUAUUCUUAAUGCCUCAGUGGAUGAAAACUGUCAAAGUAUCACAUACAAGGCUUCUCACAACAUUGGAGUUGCCAUGGACACAGAACAAGGCUUGAUUGUCCCUAACGUGAAAAAUGUUCAGGUCUGUAGUGUGUUUGAUAUUGCUUCUGAAUUAAAUCGCCUACAGACUUUGGGCUCUUCAGGCCAGUUGGGAACAAAUGACCUCACUGGGGGAACAUUCACUCUCUCCAAUAUUGGCACAAUUGGUGGAACUUAUGCCAAACCAGUGAUACUACCUCCUGAAGUAGCUAUUGGUGCUCUUGGAAAGAUACAAGUUCUUCCCCGAUUUAAUGGUAAAGGGGAAGUAUUUAAAGCACAGAUAAUGAAUGUGAGCUGGUCAGCUGAUCACAGAAUUAUUGAUGGAGCUACAAUGGCCCGUUUUUCUAACUUAUGGAAAUCCUAUUUGGAGAACCCUGCCUCUAUGCUGGUAGAUCUUAAAUAAAGAAGACUAAUGCCAUAACACAUCCUUACACUUCUGGGGAUUAAACUGAAUAAUUAUAAAAGCUAGCUAUGCUAGCAUAUGGCCUUUAGUACUUUUCUUAUAUAAUUAUAUUAUGUGGUUAAAAGGUCUCAAGAGCACAUGUCAGUCUAUUGAUAACCUGUUCCAUUCUUUUCAGUAAAAAUAAGUAGGUCGGUAAUUUAUUUUACUGGAGGCUGUCAUACUUUAUAGGUCAUUGUAUAACUUCUGAAUGUGGUGGGGAAAGUAUAUUGUGUCUGACUUGGAUAAUAUGUAAUGACUGCCACUCAGCUGGGUAUUACCGAAAGUUAUCUCCAUGUCUGUGGUACUUUUAAACUGCUUAUUCUGGAUAGAAGGGAAGUUACAUCACAUAUUUUCCUGUUUGAAAACAGGAAUUUAUUUUAACAAAUCUAAAGGAAUAUUUCUAAAAGAAAUUAUGCAGAAAUUGUAUACAAAUAAAAUGUCUUUAUGCUUAUCUUUAAAAAUGUCCAAUGGACUUUUUAUUGUUAAAUGGUGCUAACUUUUCCUGUGGUCUUCCUAUGCAUAGAAAGUUCUUAGCACAGGUACUCAGUGUCAAGUAAUAGUAGAAGAUGACAGUAUCCCAAAAAAUGGACUUCCUGCACAGUUUCAGAAUAUUUACUGGUAUCCAACACUUUGUAAAUAACUCAGUAGAACUGCCUUACACCAAACUGGUGUGCUAAAAGUAUGUCAUAUUAUUUACAUACUCUUUUAGACUUUUCUUCUGGGAAGCAACAGCCUGCAAAAGAAUGCCAUGACUAAAUACUCCAUCACUAAAAAAAUAACUACUUACAACCAUUGUUUAUAAUUACCAUAACCUGACAGCUAAGUGUGCUCUAAAAGACUGUCAUUAUCUUGCACAAGACAGGUGUUGUUUGUUCAUAUACUGAGGUGUGACAGAUCAAUAUUUGUAAACCGAGUAUCACAAUUAGAUUUAAGCUCAUAUGCAGGACAGACAGUUAAUAUGGUUCAGGUUAGCAACCCCAGGACAAAUAGCAUGCAUAUUGUUUUAGGCUAAAACAAUGUAGAAUAUGAAUACUGGUUUGCAAAUAAGAUGCAAAGAAAAACUAUUGUGUGUGUAUUUUCUUUCCAGACAACUUUGAAUAGCAAAAAUAAUACAGAAAAACCAAUCAUGUGACCAAACAAUUUGGGAUAGUCAAAAUGGACAUUUUAUAAGAGACUCAUCUCCUCUCUGGAUGGUAUGUCUGUGUGAAUACUUUUGUGACAAGGCCCUGUGGUUAGUAGAUCUAAGUAACCUGGAAAAGGGUAACUGAGGGACCAUGAGAAGGAAGGGAGGCAGAUAUAAGACACCAAAGACUAGAGAGCCUAUCCCUGAUGUGCGAACUCUUAAAGGGGUGAGGAAGAACUCUUAAGCUGUGCAAAGAUGAUGUACAUCAGAAUUCUAAGCUGCAACUCAUAUGUUUCUAUGCACAAUGGUUUUUCUCUGCAUUAGCUUCUGCAGUGUAAGGCAAGAUACAUUUAAAUCUGAUUUUUUUCUAUUAAUAAAACUUACAGCACUACAA